AUGCUAGAAUGGAAACGCCAGGGCUACCGCAGCCGAGAACACGCCGAAGGCACCGAAAUGCAGAAGCGAUACGACCGCUACAGCAAGAAGAUUAACAACUUGCGCAGGGUCUUGAAGGCGUCUCUACUGCAAAAAGCCAUUCAAGACUUUCACACCAAUGUCCAUGUGGAUGAGGUUAACCGACAACUCCGGGGUAUAAGGCCUGCCGAUGUCAUUUCACCGCCGAACAAAGAGUACCGCUUUGCAAGCGACGCGAAAGCCCUUGUCGUGGGACAGAGAAAAGAGGCCGCAAACAAGCGGUCACGAGGCGUCUCCGCUCUUACCGCGCGCAAGGAACCUAUGGACAUGGCGGUAAGGAAAAUAUUCCGGAACUGGAAUCACCUGGAAAACCAAGUGAGUCUAUGGUGGAUUUGUCGGAGGGUGCAAGACCAAUGUGCCCAUUUUGUCGAUGGCAAGGCAGCCAUGGAAGGGGCCAACGGAUUAAAACAUGGCGACUGA